AUGUACGGGGGAGACGAAGUUUCGGCUGUAGUGGUAGACUUGGGUUCGAAUACUUGCAAAGCUGGUUAUGCCGGUGAAGAUGCGCCAAAAGCUGUUUUUCCAUCUGUUGUUGGAUCAAUUGACCAAAUGGAAGUUGAUGAUCCUGAUAUUCCUGACAAGUAUUCAGAAUCUACCCCAGAUACCAAAUCCAAGGGUAAGCAAAAAUUUUAUGUAGGAUCUCAAGACUUGGGAUUCCGCCGUGAUCACAUGGAGGUGCUGUCACCCAUCAAGGAUGGAAUAGUUGUAGACUGGGAUAUGGUUGAAAGCAUAUGGGACCAUGCAUUGAGGAAAUGCCUGCUAAUUGAUCCAAAAGAGCAUCCCAUGCUACUUGCUGAGCCAUGUUCUAAUACCCAACAACAGAGAGAAAAAGCUGCAGAGAUUAUGUUUGAAAAAUACCAAGUUCCUGCAUUAUUUUUGGCCAAAAAUGCUAUAAAACCUCGAUAUGCAUUUAAACGGAAGGAAAUACGCCCCGGAGAAAUCCAGACAGUGGACCUUGACUUUCCAAAUACAACUGAAAGUUACAAACUCUAUUCCCAGAGGGUGAUUGCUAGUGAUAUUAAAGAAUGCGUUUGUAGAGCUCCAGAUACUCCAUAUGAUGAGAGUUCAUAUUCAAAUAUACCAAUGACAUCUUAUGAGCUUCCUGAUGGACAGACAAUAGAAAUCGGAGCUGACAGAUUUAAGAUUCCUGAUAUACUAUUCAAUCCAUCAUUAGUUCAGAGCAUUCCUGGCAUGGAAACUUAUGCAGAGAAUAUUUCAUCUGUUCGUGGUUUGCCGCAAAUGGUUAUUGAGAGCAUUAACAAGUGUGAUGUUGACAUACGGAGAGAACUAUAUAGCAGCAUAUUGCUUGCUGGUGGCACGGCAUCGAUGCAGCAAUUGAAAGAACGUCUUGAGAAAGAUUUACUUGAGGAAUCUCCUCAAGCAGCAAGAGUUAAAGUGCUGGCAAGCGGAAAUGCUACUGAAAGGAGAUUCAGUGUUUGGAUUGGAGGGAGUAUAUUGGCAUCACUUGGUUCUUUUCAGCAAAUGUGGUUCUCGAAGUCCGAGUUUGAAGAACAUGGAGCUUCGUAUAUUCAAAGGAAAUGCCCAUAG